AUGAGCUACCAGAACUUCGGCGAUGGCAGCGCGCCGCCGCAACAAGGCACAGAAGAGCAAGGCGGAUUCGGCGCACCCGGCGGACCACCUCAACAACACCCAAUGGGUCAGCAGAUGGAUCCAUCGCAGCAGCAAGGACAAUUUCCUGGCGCACCGCAACCCGGCGUGCCAGGUGCGCCCGGGUCCCAGCCAGGCAGCGACCAGAAGACGACCCUCUGGAUGGGCGAACUCGAGCCAUGGAUCGACGAGAACUUCGUGCGCACGGUCUGGUUCGGCAUGGGAUACCAGGUGAACGUCAAAAUGAUUCGCGACAAGUUCUCCGGCAGCAACGCCGGCUAUUGCUUCGUUGAUUUCGACAGCUCUGAUGCAGCUGGUCGCGCCUUGCAGCUCAAUGGCCAGAUGAUCCCGAACUCCAACCGCCAGUUCAAGCUUAACUGGGCGUCUGGUGGUGGACUUGCCGACCGCAGCCGUGGCGAUGGCGGUCCUGAGUACUCUGUCUUCGUCGGCGACCUCGGCCCUGAAGUCAACGAGUACGUCUUGAUGUCGCUCUUCAAGGGCAAGUACACCUCCACCAAGUCUGCGAAGAUCAUGUCGGAUCCAAUCUCUGGCCUGUCGCGCGGCUACGGCUUCGUCCGCUUCGCCGAUGAAAGCGAGCAGCAGAAGGCUCUCUCCGAGAUGCAAGGCGUCUACUGCGGCAACCGGCCUAUGCGCAUUAGCACUGCGACUCCCAAGAACAAGGGUGGCGGUGGCGGACCCCCAAUGGGUGGCAUGCCGGGCCAGCAGGGUCCAGCUGGAAUGGGCAUGUACUCGAUGGGCGCACCACCGAUGAACUACUACGGUGUGCCUCAGCCUAUGAACCAGUUCACCGACCCGAACAAUACCACUGUCUUCGUCGGUGGACUCUCAGGAUACGUCACCGAAGACGAGCUCAGGUCUUUCUUCCAAGGCUUUGGCGAGAUCACCUACGUCAAGAUCCCACCAGGCAAGGGCUGCGGCUUCGUCCAGUUCGUGCAGCGCCACGCGGCAGAGAUGGCCAUCAACCAGAUGCAAGGCUACCCCAUCGGCAAUUCUCGUGUCCGUCUCAGCUGGGGUCGCUCGCAGAACAACUCUGGUCCUGCCGGCACUCCCUACCGCCCUGCGCCACCACCUCCCGUCUAUCCAUCGAUGGGCAUGCCUCCUCAGCACUACGGCAACUUUGCUCCUAUGAAGGUUCGUCAUCCACAAGACGACGGCUCAUACCCCGAGGGCGGAUACUAA